AUGAGGAAGCCUGCAGAUUCAGUGGUUAAGGCCAAAGGGAAUUACAAGAACAAGAGCAAUUUUAGGAAGCGUUUAUGGUCACCGGAAGAAGACGAGAAGCUGAUGGAUUACAUGUUAACAGAUGGACAAGGGUGUUGGAGGGACAUAGCUAGAAAUGCAGGCUUGCUUAGGUGUGGCAAGAGUUGUCGCCUUCGUUGGAUUAAUUAUUUGAGACCUGACCUUAAGCGCGGUGCGAUUUCCCCACAAGAAGAACAACUAAUCCUUCAUUUGCAUUCCAUUAUGGGCAAUAGGUGGUCUCAAAUUGCUGCACGUCUUCCAGGGAGAACUGACAACGAAAUUAAGAAUUUUUGGAAUUCUACAAUAAAGAAGAGGUUGAAAAAUAACAAUAUCACUUCAACAACAUCCUCUCCAAACAUAUGCAGUACUGUCUCAGUAUCAGCUACUGUUACAGGAGGAAUAAUAAUGCCUUUGCACAACUACUCAUAUAACGUUGUAAACACAUGCAUGGAUUCAUCUUCUUCGAGCAGCCAUUUCAACCGUUUUCUACCAGUUAACAAAAGUUUCGACGCAAAUGGUUCAUCUGUUGUAAGUCCAUUGAAUUUGCCGAUAUAUGUGACACAAGUUGGUACUGCAUCAGGAAGUCGAGGGGGAUUAGAGGAUUGUGGAGUGAUGGAAAAGUGUUUAAUGGGGUUCGAAAAUGACAUUUGUGUUCCUGCAUUAGAGGGUUUCGGGGUUGACAACAUUAAUAAUGGCGUCAAGGGUAGUAAUUAUGUCUUUGACAAGAAAACGGUCAUUAAUAAUAAUAAUAACUUGAAUAAUACUGAAAGCAUGAAAUUAGAGGAUAUGGGAAAUCAUUGGCAAGGAGAGAACUUCAAAUUUGGAGAAUUAGACUGGGAGAAUUUGUUGGCUAAUGUCUCGUCUUUACCUUAUCUUGAUUUCCAAGUUCAAUAA